AUGUUGCAAUGGCUGAAAUACAGCUGGAACAACAGUCCAGACAUCAGUACUGAUGACUGUUUCUCUUCUCUUAAAUCAUCUGCGCGUUUCACUCUACAGAACGGUACAUCGGCCCGACCAAAGAGGUCUCAAGAAAAUCCCUCGCACACCAAGUUAAUUACCGACAUGCGAGGACAAUCUGCACACGUGGCUGCUGACGAAGGCCAGGCUAAGAUGGGCGACAAAGGAGCGAGGAUGGGAUCGACCGGGCAAUCCCACCCGCAGAAGAAAUUGCCCGCGGGUGCUCCCACUGGCUGGGCUGUGUUUGCUUAA